AUAUGUAUGAGCGUCCUCGCGUGUGCCGGAGCCGGGGGCGCUGCGGCCGCGUGUGCUGGGAGCGGCGAGCCGGGAUCUGGGAUCGGGAUGGGCAGCGCGGCUGCGCCGCUGCGGGUGCUGCUGGACAUGGACGGGGUCCUGGCCGACUUCGAGGGCGCGGUGCUGCGGGAAUUCCGCGCCCGCUUCCCGGCGGAGCCGCGCGUGGAGCUGGCGGAGCGCAGGGGCUUCUCGGUGCGGGAGCAGUACCGCAGCCUGCGGGAGGACCUGGCGGCCAAGGUAGCCAGUGUCUAUGAGUCGCCUGGCUUCUUCCUAGACUUGGAUCCAAUUCCAGGAGCCCUGGAAGCUGUGCAGGAGAUGCUCCACAUGCAGGAUACUGAAGUCUUCAUUUGCACAAGCCCUCUCCGGAAAUACGAGCACUGCAUUGUGGAAAAGUAUAAGUGGGUAGAGAAACACUUGGGACCCGAGCUUGUGGAGCGGAUUAUUCUGACCCGAGACAAGACUGUGGUGGCUGCUGACCUGCUGUUUGAUGACAAGGACAUCAUUCAAGGUGUGGAGCCGAACCCGAGCUGGGAGCACAUCCUGUUCACCUGCUGCCACAACAGGCACGUCCAGCUGCCGGCCUCACGCCGGCGCCUGUGCUCCUGGGCUGACGACUGGAAGGCCAUCCUAGAAAGCAAGCGCAGGCAGUAGUCUAGGAAGGGGAUGCUGUGCUCUUCCCACUGCUGGGAAACAACCAGCCCACCCCCUACCAUGCCCAGGAGGCACUGUCACUGCAGGGAUCAGCCACAGAAGAAAUGAGCUGCUCCUGUCAGACACAGUGCUCUGGGUUUCUGGAAGAUUGCUCUGCACUGUUAAUCUCUGUAGCAUUUUGGAUGUUUGCUGUUGGAGAAACUAUAAACUACAAGCAGCUGUGGUUGGA